AGCUUAGCUUUCUGGGCAUGUGAAGUAUCAAGCUCCAUAAAAUCCAGUAACCCCACUGAGAUCACGCCACAUCAGAUUGGACCCCACCUUAAUCAAAAUUGCUGUCCCAAAGCAAUCUCCAACGGUCAAAAUCCUUAUCCCAAAACCUCAUCCACUCCCUCCUCCUCCCUCCACUCAUUCUUCUCUUUUGCUUCCAAUUUACCAAAGCCACUCAACGCAUGAAAAAGAUAAGCCUCUGACAGAAAGAUAUCCUUCUUCUCUUCUCGUAGUAUCUGGAGCAAUUCAGACACGGAAAACCAUGUCAUGCUCAAAUCUAACAAUGUGGAUUUCCUCAAAACCCUCCCUUUCUGACCCCUCCUCCCUCUCCUUCCGUUCCUCUAUCAGCCAGUUUCAAUUUCCUAACCAGAAUUUAUUCCCCAGCAGCCCCUCCAGAUCCUCCUCUGUGACUCGGAUUCAGUGCGGUCUUCGAGAGCUUCGUGUUCGUAUUGAUUCAGUUAAGAAUACGCAGAAGAUCACUGAGGCCAUGAAGCUUGUUGCUGCAGCCAAAGUGAGGAGAGCACAAGAAGCUGUUGUCAAUGGAAGACCCUUCUCAGAGACCCUUGUAGAGGUUCUUUACAACAUCAAUGAGCAGCUCCAGACUGAGGACGUUGAUACUCCCCUCACCAAAAUUAGGCCUGUCAAGAAAGUUGCUUUGGUGGUUGUCACUGGUGACCGUGGUCUUUGUGGUGGUUUCAACAAUUAUAUCAUCAAGAAAGCAGAAGCUAGGAUUGCACAAUUGAAAGAUCUUGGUGUUGAUUAUACAGUAAUAAGUGUGGGAAAGAAGGGUAAUUCUUAUUUUAUAAGGAGACCUUACAUUCCUGUUGAUAAGUUUAUCGAGGGAGGGUCAUUGCCAACAGCUAAAGAAGCUCAGGCAAUUGCAGAUGAUGUGUUUUCACUCUUUGUUAGUGAAGAGGUUGAUAAGGUUGAACUCCUGUAUACCAAGUUUGUGUCAUUGGUUAAGUCUAAUCCUGUAAUCCAUACUUUGCUACCACUAUCACCAAAGGGAGAGAUAUGUGAUUUGAAUGGGAACUGUGUUGAUGCAGCUGAUGAUGAGUUCUUUAGACUGACAACAAAAGAAGGGAAAUUGACUGUGGAGAGGGAAGCAGUGAGGACUCAGACAGAUAAUUUCUCUCCAAUUCUGCAGUUUGAGCAGGACCCAGUUCAGAUUCUUGAUGCCUUAUUGCCUCUGUACCUAAACAGCCAGAUUUUGAGAGCAUUGCAGGAAUCAUUAGCUAGUGAACUUGCUGCCAGGAUGACUGCAAUGAGCAAUGCUACUGAUAAUGCAAUGGAACUGAAGAAGAACCUCUCACUCGUAUACAAUCGGCAGCGCCAGGCCAAGAUUACUGGGGAGAUAUUGGAGAUUGUUGCUGGUGCCAAUGCUUUAAGCUAGUGAAUUCUGGAUCUCCACUGUCAGGACACCAGGCCUCACAAGUUACUCUGCUUCUUUAGUAGGUGGACUUUGUUGUGAAUGCUUCCUUAUUUAUUCAAAAUAUGCUUUAUCUAAGAACAAUAGUAAUGAGAUAAACAUAAUUUUUGCAUUGUAAUUUCUCAAUUGCGUAUAAACUUUGGGGAGAAAUGAAAUGUAUUUUGUAACAGA